AAACAAGCAAUUCUCCAAACUGUGAUGAUAAAUAAUGAGUAGAAAACAGUGACAGUAGACAGUGGUGGACCAUUCUGUUUGUGGUCAUACUAAUUACUAUUCCAAAACAGAAUUACAAGAGAAACAAUAAAAUGGAGCAACUCUGAUGAAGCUAAAGAUAUUGAAGGGUAAUGUGAUUACUGCUUUUACUACCAGGACUGGGUUUUCUAUAAGUUGAACCUGAACCCUAUGUUGGGUUGGGCUACGUAGAGACAGCGCUUGGGUUGAGCUCAAUGUUUCCUGGAAAAAUGUAUAAUUCAAUUUAUCGAUUAAUAUUUUUGAAUGGCAAACCGACACUAAAACUGCAAGCAAAGGAAAUAGUUUCUAUGAUAUGAUAGUUUGAAAUAAAUCUUCUUUUAAAAUAGUGCAUUUAUGAAGAAUUUGUGUAACCAGUUCAUAUUAAGAAAAUAUUUUUAUUGAAAAAAAGAAGAAGAAGCAAAUCCAUGAAACGACGUAUCUCAACUUUACCUCUCAAAACCCACUCUCCAAGCGCUGAUAAUAACCCAAAGGUGUCACCGUCUCUUUUGUCGCCGGGGAGUAAUUAAGCUACCUACGAUGGCUAAUUUAGAUGAAGAAACCGCCUCUAAAAUCCUCAAUCAGGUGGAAUUCUACUUUAGCGACAGCAAUUUACCUCGAGACGAUUUCCUUAUGAAAAAAGUAUCUCAAUCCAAAGACGGAAUGGUGAGUUUGGCUCUUGUAUGUUCAUUUUCUAGAAUCAGAGCUUUUCUUGGAUUAGGUCGAACAAAACAAGAUGAUCUUCCACAUGAGCUGCUUAAAUCAGUUGCCAAGAUUCUGCGUAAAUCGAGUUUUCUCAGAGUUUCUAAUGAUGGGAGGAAGGUGGGUCGGGUUAAGAAGCUAUCAAAGAUUGAGGAAGUUAUAGAACAAGUGGAUGUAAGAACCAUAGCAGCUUCUCCUUUCCAAUAUGAUAUUACAAUGGAAGAUGUGGAGUCUUUCUUUGCUAAGUUUGGCAAGGUUAAUAGCGUGAGGUUACCUCGUCAUAUGGCAAACAAUAGGGUUUUCUGCGGCACUGCUUUGAUUGAGUUUUCUACGGAUGGAGAUGCUGAACAUAUUUUGAAGCAAAGUCUGGUUUAUGCUGGUGCCAAUAUAGAAUUAAAACCAAAGAAGGAGUUUGAUUUUGAGAGAGCAAAAAUAACAAAGCAAACUGGGAAAGAUAGUUCCCUUGUGGGCUCAACACAUAGAAAUACUACCAGCAAAACAUCAAACUACACCAAAGGUCUCAUUUUUGCAUUUUCAUUGAAGAGGAGAUCAACAGGAAAACCUGUUAAAAACAGAAGCAGUAUUGAGACAAUUACUAACAGUGACGGUGCUUGUAAAGAGGAGAAGAAUAUGAACCAAGGAGACUGUAAGGAGACUGAAAACACCUCUGAAGAUAUUGUUGAAGCAUUGAAAAAGAAUCCUGAGAAUGAAAAGUGCAAAAACAUUGAAGAGGAUGGACAGAUCAUCUUUGAAGAGAUUGUAGAUACUGAUCAAACACAAGUCACCAUAUGCCACGAUAGGGAUCAAUCUUCUGAAAGUGUUUGUCAUGAGAAGAAUGAAAAAGCAACUGGGGGAGACAAAUAUACUAUUGUGCAUGAAGAAAAGGAUGUUCUCUUGUUUGAGGACCUAAAUGAUGUCUUUCAAAGAUUUGGUGCUGUUAAGCAUGUUGAUUAUCAUGAGGGAGCAAUUUCAGGUUACAUUCAUUUCAAAGAACCAGAAGGAGCUAUAAAAGCCUGUGCGGCAGCAGAAUUUAUUGAAGGACUCAUUGUGAAGAAUUUCAUAGUUUCAUUCGAAGUGGUUACUGCUAAGUCGGAGGAGGAGCACUUUAAUAUGCAUUGUUGCAACGAAGAACAUUUCCUGGAAAGAAGAGAUGGUAGAAAACGGCAACAGAAAUCCAGUGAAGGUGGGAAAAACUUUGAGGGCAGACAAUCGCACUCCAAAGAAAAUGAUUCUCCAACCCAGCACAACCGCCAAAAGCUCAAAAGCUCUUAACUGUUUAAGAAUUUGUAAAAAGGCUUAGUUUGCGUUCAGAAAUCAUACAUACAUGCUAGUAAAUUUGCAGGACAAUAAGAUAUAGUAGCAUGAUAUUAGAUACAGCUGAAUUUAUUAUUUUUCUUUAUGAGGGACGCAAGAUUUUGCCAAACAAUUUUUUUGUAUUUAGUAGGACUUGGUUUGCUAUUGCAUACAAUGAUUUGUAGAACGGGUCA